AUGCUGAACACAGCUUGCAAAAAUGAGGCUAGAACAUCCACAUCACAAAGUAUCGACGAGGCAAUGAUUAGAUUCAAAGGAAUUUCGUCUUUGAAGCAGUAUAUGCCAGCAAAACCCAUAAAGAGAGGUUUUAAAGUUUGGGUUAGGGCAGAUAGGUCUACUGAAUACGUCUAUGAAUUUCAAAUUUAUACAGGCAAAAAUGACGACAGUACACCUGAGUUCGGUCUAGGAUCAAAUGUGGUAAAAUCUUUGUCAAAAAGCCUGAUAGAAGAAGAGGUUACUGUUCAUUUAGCAUUUGAUAACUUCUUUGCUUCGUAUCCACUAAUGCAAUACCUUUAUGAAAAAGGGAUUUACUCCACAGCAACAGUCUACGUACAAUGGAAAAAAUGGGGUUGGGGCUUAUCUAAAUCUGAAGUGAUUGACAUAGUGUCAGAGUUUAUAAAGAGAAAUAAAAUAAAAACUGCAUUCAUAAAUGAUAUACCAGGGAACGAUUGGUUUCUUUCGUUCCGAAAGCGGCACAAGCUAUCCAUUAAAAAACCUCAACCAAUAGAGUACCUCCGAAAACGCAUGACAGAUCCUUUUGUAAUACACGAAUAUUUCACUUUACUAGGAAGCACCCUUGAGAAGUUGAACCUAAACAACCCGCAUAGGAUUUGGAAUUUAGACGAGACCUCUGUAUGUUUAGAUCCAACAAAAACGAAAGUUGUUGGCGCAGUAGGCGCACCAUGCACAAGGACAACGGCUGGAUCUGCAAAAGAAAAUAUCACCGUGUUAACGACUGUCAACGCGGUUGGCAUCAAAUUGAAUCCUUUAAUUGUAUUUAAAGGGAGCUACGUAUAUGACCAAUGGAUGGCAGAUCAAAAUGAAGAAUAUGAUUUUGAAGUUGCUUAUUCUUCUAGCAAACGCGGUUGGAUGGAGACCGAAAUAUUUUAUAAUUACAUGGUUAAGGUCAUAAUUCCAAGUUUAGGAGAAGAAAGACCAUUGCUCUUAAUUUACGAUGGUCAUAGCACCCACGUUGACGAACGAGUCGUAGCAUUAGCAGCAGAAAACAUCAUAACCAUUUUAAAACUGCCUACUCAUACAUCUCACUUGCUACAACCUUUAGACUUAGCGGUCUUCAAGUCAUUUAAAAGUAUUUGGGACAAAAAACUUGUGGAAUGGCAACGCCAAAAUGUCGGAUUUAAAAUACGUAAGAAAGAGUUUGCUGAAAUGUUUGCACAAGCAUGGAGUCAAACAACGCCAAAAGUGAUUCCAAAUGGCUUUAUGAAAGGAGGUAUUUACCCGUUUGACCCAAAUGUUGUACCAAAAGAAAAAGAUGACUCAGCGGCUUAUAAAAGAUAG